GGCAGGACGGAUCGGCAUAGAUCCGCAUUUCCUUCAAAUACCGCUGCGUUCUCGCAUCCCCUUCCUGUUUUCUUCACCCAACUCCCCCCAACCUCCCUCCAACAACCCCCCCAAUCUCUCAAAAUGGCCGCUAAAGUCUUCGUCGGAAACCUCUCCUGGGGAACCACGGACGAGUCCCUGCACCAGGCUUUCUCCCAGUACGGCGAGAUCUCUGACUGCCUCGUCCUCAAGGACCGUGAGACCGGUCGCUCCCGUGGUUUCGGUUUCGUCACCUUCGCUGACGAGAACCAGGCCCAGUCCGCCAUCCAGGCUAUGAACGACCAGGACCUCGACGGCCGUAACAUCCGCGUCAACCUCGCUAACGAGAGGCCCGCUGGCGGUAACGGUGGUGGUUUCCGUGGUGGCCGUGGCGGUUUCCGCUCCAACAACUACGGUGGCCAGCAGGGUGGCUACAACGGUGGUUACCAGCAGCAGGGCGGUUACAACGGCGGUUACUAAACUGUCACCCCGUAAAACCAUCUCAAACAAUAUCACUCGCUCGCCUCCGGGGACAAGGAAAAGCCUCGGCUUGGUCCCGCCCAUCAUUCAACAACAUUCGCGUACACGGGAUUGCCAAACCAUGGCGUCUCUAACUCAUAGUUCGUGCGUAGUCGAAGUGUUCCUCCAACUAUCUAAUGGGUAAUCAUUGAUAUCCCCUAAAGAACCCCUUCAUCCCCAUUUUAUAUUUCUCUCCCUCACCACAUUACAUGUACAUAAGUAGCUGCUUUCUGUCUCUUAGAUCCCAGUCGUGUGCUAUCUGUACAUAGGUCGUGUCUUGUCCGUAAAAGAUGUGUUAGUGUGUGUGCCCUCCGACACCUCGGUCCGAAAACUGUUCAAAUUCACACUUCCUACUCGCA